UCUUCAAGAAUAAGUGAUUUUGUGCCAAUCACCAUCGAUUUUAUUCCACCUUGUAAUAUUUGAAAAUAAGAUUAAUAUUUAUAUUCGAUCAAGUAUUUUACGUAUUUGAUACCAAUAAUUACCACCAAUAUCUGACUGCAUCUAUAUCGCGAAUAUGGUAAACCUCAGCGAUGUUAAGGGAAACUCCCGCGACAAUCGAACUUCUACACAUACACAUAUCAAAGGUCUUGGACUUCGAAAUGAUGGGUCUGCUGAGAAACAGGCCGGUGGAUUUGUUGGCCAAACUUCAGCUCGAGAGGCUUGUGGUGUGGUCGUCGACUUAAUUCGUUCCAAAAAAAUGGCUGGCCGAGCUAUUUUACUUGCAGGAGGACCUGGAACAGGAAAGACAGCUCUCGCCCUAGCUAUCAGUCAAGAACUUGGAACAAAAGUACCAUUCUGCCCCAUCGUCGCAAGCGAAGUAUACUCGACGGAAGUCAAGAAAACAGAGGCGCUCAUGGAAAACUUCCGACGAGCCAUUGGUCUGAAAGUUCGCGAAACGAAGGAGGUUUACGAGGGCGAAGUUACAGAAUUAACACCAGAGGAAGCUGAGAAUCCAUUGGGAAGCUAUGGAAAGACUAUCAGCACAUUGUUGAUUGGAUUGAAGAGCGCCAAGGGCCAAAAGAAGUUAAGAUUAGAUCCAAGCAUUUACGAAGCAAUACAGAAAGAGAAGGUUACAGUUGGAGAUGUCAUUUAUAUCGAAGCGAAUACUGGAGCCUGUAAACGUGUUGGCAGAUCGGAUGCGUAUGCGACGGAAUUCGACCUGGAGGCGGAGGAGUAUGUGCCAAUACCAAAGGGAGAAGUUAACAAGAAGAAGGAGAUUGUACAGGAUGUUACUUUACAUGAUCUUGAUAUCGCAAACUCCAGACCUCAAGGUGGACAAGACAUAAUGAGUAUGAUGGGCCAGUUGAUGAAACCAAAAAUGACAGAAAUUACGGAGAAAUUAAGAGCGGAGAUUAAUAAAGUGGUCAACAAAUACAUUGAUCAAGGAGUGGCAGAACUUGUUCCAGGCGUGCUUUUUAUUGAUGAGGUUCACAUGCUCGAUCUCGAAUGCUUCACAUAUCUGAAUCGUGCUCUCGAAUCAACGAUUUCUCCAAUCGUAAUUCUCGCUUCCAACCGUGGCAUGUGUACCAUUCGUGGUAGUGAAGAUUUGAUCUCGGCACAUGGAAUUCCUUCUGAUCUUUUGGCUCGUCUUUUAAUCAUUCCUACAAAUGCUUACGAGGCGGAUGAAAUCAGGAGAAUUCUUCGUAUUCGAGUUACAGUUGAAGGCUUAGCCAUAACUGAAGCUGCAUUAGACAAACUCACAGAACAUGGUUCAAGAAUUAGUUUGAGAUAUGCAUUGCAGCUUCUAACACCAUCUAGUAUUUUAGCGCGAGUAAGCGGACGCAAUCAAAUUGAUGUCCAGGAUGUAGGGGAGUGCGAAGAUUUAUUCAUUGAUGCACGGAGGAGUGCAGCUAUUAUGAACGGUGAAGCUGGUAAUGGGUUCAUUUCAUAAACAACAUCCGCUGCGCCUGAUGCAGUUCAUCGACUGGUGUGAGCAGUUGAUUGGCGUGGUCACAUCAUUAGUGCAUUUGCGGGAGUAGUUCACUGGUGUAACUAUCAGUGUAACCUGAGAACAGGGGUUUAUCUAGAGCUCGUCGCUUGCUUUUGGCGUCUAAAGGGGGUGUCCAAGGUUUCAUGGUUCUGUUUGCGGAUAUUAUGUAGUAUCUCCAAAAAAAAAUCUAAUUGGGAUUACAUUCCUCACACCUCUCCAAAAUUGGGUAAAAAAAAGCAUUCCAAUUAGAUCUUCUUUAGUAAGCAUGAAAUUAUUCUACCCGU